UUAUUUUACAUAGAAUAUUUUCAUGAGUCUCCUAGACCUGUCAGGCGGUCCCUUUGCAAGGUUGACAAGGCUGUACGGUUGUACUAAAGAUUCUGGCAAUAAGAAACAACAACUCAAUAACUGGACCUCAAAACAGAAGGAAGUCGAAGCAGGGAAGGAUAGCAACUUUGAUAGUUUAAGAAAGUUACUCUCGAAAUCUGUCCAAUCUCUUUCAGACUUUCACUUGCAGCUGUUUAUUUCGAACUUGAAGAAAGGUAACUGGAAGGUUGCUGAGUGGUUAUCCCAGUUUCGUUCUCUUCUCAAGAAGAAUAGCGAUUCAAGCGUAAACUCGCAAGUUGUCGCUUUAACGCGUGCUUUAGUAGAUCAGCCUACUUGUUUGGAGGCUGUAACUUUCGUCACAGAAUGGUUGAAAGCAAGAGAUUGGAAUGUAACACUGCAGUCAGUUCCUUCGGAAAGUGACAACAAGGAAAGGAGAAUGAACGUGUUUGCUUCGAGGUUCGGUGAUCCCAAUCCUAGUAUUAUCUUUUGUAGCCAUCUUGAUACAGUGCCUCCUUUUAUUCCCUCGUCACUUGGAGACGAUGGUUUCUUAUAUGGUAGAGGAGUUUGUGAUGCGCGAGGACUAGUAGCUUCUAUGUUAAUAGCCGGUCAACAUUUUUCCAAAGGAGUUGGAUUGUUAUUUGUGACAGGAGAGGAAACUGACCACGGUGGCAUGAAAGAAGCUAAUAAGUUAGGCCUGAAUACAGAAUACUUGAUAGUAGGAGAACCCACCGAAAAUAAGAUGCCACUUGCGCAAGCAGGGGUGCUGAAAAUGAAACUCAUUUCCGAAGGAGUUUCGUGUCAUUCGGCAUAUCCGGAACGAGGAAAGUCUGCUAUAGCUCCACUUAUCAAAUUAUUGUCGGAAUUGUUGGAAUUUAAGGAUUAUCCAAAGGAUCCGGAACUUGGAGAAACUAUUCUCAAUGUGGGUCUUAUUAAUGGAGGCAUUGCCGGCAAUGUAAUACCUGAUCAAGCUUUUGCCGAUAUUAUGUUUCGAGUUGUUUCAGAACCGGAAAUUGUCGAAAGAAUUGUUGAAAAUCGUGCCAAGAAGUACUCCAUUGUAACUAAAACAUAUAGCAAAAACGGACCUGUACGGUUGUAUUCUUUAGAUGGUUUUCCUACCUUUGUGGCAAAAUAUAACACAGAUAUCCCAUAUGCCAAAUUCUAUCGCAAGGCUUUAUUGUUUGGUGCUGGUUCCAUAUUAGAUGCUCAUACCAGUCAGGAAAAAAUUUCGUUAGAUGACCUUGGAAAACUACCCGAAUUCUAUGUUCAGAUUGCAAAAAAGUUGUUGUUCUCUUCUUGCGAUCAUCAAAAUAGUCCUUAAGAAGGAAUUGAGUUUGUUGUCAUGUUUGUAACAGAAUUGGGACCUAUCUAAUCGAUAACAUAAAGAAGCUAUUAGCAAUCACAAUUAUUCGA